GCGAGCUUGAGCCUGUGUGGCCGUGUAAGUGACGAUCCAUCCAGCGGUACGAAGGUCAAGCAUUAGCAGAUUAACUUACUUACAUGGAGACAGGCCUUGCUAUGGCCGUCUAACGCUAACCUCAUUGGACAAAAUGUUCCUUCCCUUCGUGCUGCUAUGCGUGUAUGCGGCCUCAGCACAGGCACAGGCUGUAGAUAUCACACAGCAAAAGAACAAUUUAUGGGGCGAGCGAGGCCUGUCCAAUCCAUCGCGACGAAUUCGCGACAUCGCCGAUAAUGCCCUGCUGUACUUCAACGCAACUACAGAGAUGAGGCCAGUGCUCCUGUUUACAAUUGCAACGCCAGCAUCGCUGAACACAACACUCCCACGCUUGUUGGCAAACUUGGCUUCCUUCAAGAGCAACGACCAGGUGGAUACAUACGGGCAUGUAACAACGCUCGCAGAGCACACGAUCGUGGCGUCCACCUCAAUGCCGGUGCAACUGGGAUGCGACAGCCUUCAACGUCUAUACCAACACAAAUGCUACGAGUUCGACCACGCGCUCAACGCUGGCGUGGAGGACAUGUUUGUACUCAGCAAGACAAAGGCGCACGCGUACUCCUUAGGUCUAACACGCAUAAAGGCACUCGUGGACAUGAUAUCCUUGGGCUACGAUGUGUUCUACUUCGACCUGCACCACAUCUUUUUCCAGAACCCGCUCAAGUACAUGUACACCCAGACAACCGCGCCGGUGGUGGUGUCCGGCACCCCUGCCAGCGGGUGUAGGCCACUGGCUGCCGGCCCCGAUGGCCGCCUGCCGGACGACCACCACCGACUAGACAUUCUGUUCAUUCGCAGCCAGCCCAGCAGCUUCAGGUGUCGCCCACCACCCGCCCUAUCUUGAUGGGCGGCGUGUAAGGCGCCGACCCC